AACUUCCCCAUUGGCUAGCUUUGCGCCGCCUGUCAGGGGAAAGCCGCCUUGUCCUGGGCCCUCCCUCGGGAGGGGUUAUUCUAAUAAGGUGGCCAUUAAGGGUGGCGGGAUGGGAAAAGAACUUCAGUGAUUAAAUUCUCGGGCGGACUCUCUCUCCCCCAGCUAUUUUGUUUAUAUGCCUGUCCUUAAAGCAGCUCCUUGAAGGUUGGGGAGAGAGUUCUACUUUCUCCAGCUCCCUCCUUGGAUUUACCAUACUUUAAGGCUGGGGUGCUUUACCUCCCCGCCCUUCGGGUUCAUAUCCUUAUAGAAUUGAUUUUACUUAUUUUUUUAAAAAAAUAAUUUUGGGGAAUACUGGACGCCAUGUUGUGGAAACUAGCAGACAAUGUCAAGUACGAAGAAGAUUGCGAGGACCGGCACGAUGGAAGCAGCAACGGGAAUCCCAGGUUGCCUCACCUCUCCGCUGUCAGCCAGCACCUCUACAGCCCAGCUCCCCCUCUUUCCCACUCAGGGACCUCCGAUUUCCAGCCACCUUACUUCCCUCCCCCCUACCAGCCUUUGCCUUACUCCCAGUCCAGUGAUCCUUACUCACACCUCGGGGAUCCUUUUUCUAUCAAUCCACUUCAUCAGCCGCCACCACCUCCCCCCAGCCAGCAGCAAACCAGCUGGCCCAGCCGUCAGAGCAACCAAGACCAUUCCGGUUUAUCCCACCAUGCCCGAUCAGGCUUGAUGCCUCAUCUCCCAGCUCUGGAAAGCGGCUCCCUGGGGACAAGAAGGGACACCUACAGGCGAUCUGAGCUGCUCCUGCCCCACGGCCAUGGGCUCGAUGCUUCCAGCCUGGCAGAGAACUUAGGACUGCAUGACAUGGCCCACCAGAUGGAAGAGGUUCAGAAUGUGGAAGAUCAGCACUUAUUAAUGCAUGACCAGACAGUCAUUAGAAAAGGUCCCAUUUCACUAACGAAAAACAAUGCAUUAGGUCUCCCUUGCCAGAAAGAUGGACUUCUGGGUGUAGUGAUCAAUCCCAACGAAGUGUUCUGCUCCGUUCCCGGACGGCUUUCUCUCCUCAGUUCAACAUCGAAAUACAAAGUGACGGUGGCUGAGGUUCAGCGAAGAUUAUCUCCUCCUGAAUGUCUGAAUGCAUCUCUGCUGGGAGGAGUCCUCCGAAGAGCCAAAUCCAAAAAUGGGGGCCGCUCACUAAGGGAGAAGCUGGACAAAAUUGGCUUGAACCUUCCUGCAGGCAGAAGGAAAGCUGCAAAUGUGACAUUACUUACAUCAUUGGUGGAAGGGGAAGCAGUCCAUCUUGCCCGGGAUUUUGGCUAUGUGUGUGAAACUGAAUUCCCCUCAAAAGCUGUGGCUGAAUAUUUAACUCGGCCCCAUCUGGGCCGGAAUGAGAUGGCCAGCAGGAAAAAUAUGCUCCUUGCCGCAAAACAGAUCUGUAAAGAAUUCACAGAGCUCCUCACUCAGGAUCGAACCCCUCUUGGUAAUGCGAGACCAAGCCCUAUCUUAGAUCCUGGCAUCCAGGGAUGUUUGACUCACUUCAGCCUGAUCACACAUGGAUUUGGGAGUGCUGCCAUCUGCGCUGCCAUGACCUCUAUGCAGAACUACCUGAAUGAAGCGCUCAAACUAGCAGACAAAUCAUACAUGAAUGCAGGAGAUCAAAGCCCCCCAGAUGCCAAUAAGAACCUUGAGAAGAUGGACAAGCAUCGGAAGUGAGCAUGGAAAAGAUGACAAAGAAAUGAAAAGUUACAGAGACACACACACACAGAAGACAGAUUUAAAAACUGUUACUGCACACAGACUUAAGAUCUUCUUGCCUAGAAGGCAUGUAGAUAUCUCUUAGAACUUGCUUUGGGGCAUCUUUUUUCUUUUUUUUUAAAUUUUCAACCACAUCCUUUUCUGGAGACGUGUGUUGUCUCUCUUCUCCUCUUUAAAGCUGCUGUUAUCCAUUCAUUUGGGACCAUGUACCUGAAGGUAAACAUGGAUUUAUCUUUUUAUUUUUAUUUUUUAUUUUUUUUAAAAAAAUUAAAUUGUAAAAGGUGGUGCUAUCUCCUUUUUUCUCCCUCAUAUGGAAAUUUGUUACAUGCUGUACCUAGACCCUUUUGCAGGCAAUGCUUUUCCUCCAAUAUACGUUGUAUGGUGGAAUCUCAAUGAAAUUCAGCAAUAAACCAGUUUCAGCAGGUUGCGAACAAAUGUACUUAAGUCACAUGCUCACGUUCUCUCCCUCCAUGGGAAAAAGAAGCGAUUGCAUCAUCUUUCUGUUCAAACAAAAUCCAAGGUUUAUUGUUACAUCUGAAAAUGGCAAGCUGUGGUUUACUGAAAUACAAUAAGCUGCAAUUUGAUGCUCCUUGUUUCUAAUUAGCCAAGGUUUUGUAACCUCCUCAGAUGCAUCAAUAAGCUAUAAUUAAAUAGGAAGCAGAUGUUUCUGUAUUCAUUGCCACUGCCAAAGGACCAGAUUUCUAUAUGUGUUAAAGAGACAGAGAUGGAGAAGGGAAAAGAAAGUACAUUGGCUGGACCAAGUUCAUUUUAAAAUUAUGGUUAAACCUCGUCAGUUAGGCUGUGUAAGUGAGUUCAUGCCCAUAUCUUGUAGAACAGGACCAGCAUGAUUAUGUAGUAGUUGGUAAGUAAAGUUUUGGCAAACUAAUUAAGAGAUAUAAUUAAAAAGUUUUGAACGUGCUGUGAGAUUCAGGCAAAGACUUGAUCAUAUUCUAAGAUAAUUGCCUCAGUUGAUGCUCAGACAUUCACAGCUAUCUAGAUUAUGCAUGAGGAACCCUCCACCACACCCCAAAAAGCAGAAAAACCAUAUCUGGUCACUAAAUUGGGUGGAUUUCAAGUGUUCUCAACUGCUGAAAUCUUAUGACAUUAAUCUUGUGGCAGCAUAACCUUAUAUUGUGUUGUUUGGCGUCUGCAGCAUUACAUGGUAUCUUCUGAAAAAGUCACUCAAGAAAUUCCAAUUUUAAAUGUGCAUCCAUGCUGUGAUAUGGAGGUUUUACUGGGUUCCUAUUACUUCAUUGGAAACCAGCAAGUAGAACACAGUGCAGUAUUAGUCCCCGUUUUUUCUUGAGUUUUUGACAAAAUACUGAGAUUUCUGAUUUAAUUUUAGAGAAAAUCAGGAUAGGAAUAAAGUGAAAUAAUGUGAUAGUUUUGAAUAUGUUUGCCUUUCUUUUUUUUAAAAAAGUUUUGGUUUCUAGACAUAAUUUAAGAAAUGUUGCUAAAGCAUAUUUUAAUAUAAUGAGGUUACAGGUUUUACAAAAUAGAGUUGCAAGACUGAAAUGUUCUGUAGCAGAUCUUUUUUAUUCAAGGAAGAGUUACUUGGAGCUAAUAUUAAAACCUUUAAUUUUUCAUCCACUUUAAAAAUAUGAAAAAGAGAUACUGCAGCUUUAUGUGUAUCAUCAGGUCAUUUUUUUAAUUAAAAAAGGAAAAAAACUUGAAAAUAGGCACGUAACUUUUAAUUUUUUUUUUGUUUGCCUACAUAGGCCAAAAACAUAAAUAUAAAUAUAUAUAUGUAUGUCUCCAGGGAAGUUUUAUGUGUAUAAGGGAAAAGAGUGUCUUGAAUGUAUAUAUUUAUUUAUGUGUAAUUUAAAGGGAUUUGUAAAUAAUGGUGAACAUUUUAAUACUUUUUUUUAUAAAUGGGAUUCAGAUUUUAAAAGUUUUUCCCAUCCCACAAAAAAAAUUAUAAAAAAAUGAAAUAAAUAAAUAAAAUAUUGGCUAAACUGCAUACACUGCUAGAUGAUGUACAGUCUUGUUUUAUGCUAAAUAUUUAAAAACUUUUUACAAAUAAAAUAAAAUUCUUCCCCUUUUUUGAUCACUGGA